AUGGCUGCCGCCAGAAAUCGCAGCAAAAACUUUGAAAGUUGUGAAAUACAACUUGAAGAUCAUAUCGGUGUGCUAAACAGCAAACUUACCAACUCAAUAACUAAUGACAAAAAGAAGCAGAUAUGGGACAAAAUAACGGCCGAGAUCAAUAGCCUUGGGGUAAGCAAUAGGACGUCCAAAGAAAUCAAGACAAAAUGGAAUAAUAUGUUUCAAAAUGCAAAAAAAGAGUUUUCAGAUAGAAAACUUCAAACGCAAAAAACUGGUGGCGGUCCAUGUCCCAAGCCUGUUUCCUCUUACAUCGAGAAAAUCAUGGAUAUUUAUUCGGAUUCCGCAUGUUUCAACGGUGUGGCCGGAGUGGAAUCUCCUGUUCCCUUGCAAGAAACUCAAAGUGUAGAGAUCCAUGGCUCUCCUACAACGUUGGACUUGUUGAGUCGCGUGUUGCAGGAGCAACAUGAUAAUGAUGUAGCCGUCCCAUCGCUUGAUGCAGAGAUGCCAAGCUGUAGCUACACCGCUGAUAUUGCAGCUGAAGGCAACUUACAGUCCUCCGUGGAGAGCAAGAGUCUGUGCGAAGACGGGUAUGUAGAUAUAUAG